AUGGAUUCCUCCGGGAAUCUCCGUCAUCGGAGGAAAUCCGAAGCCCAAGGAACCUCCUCAGGCACCGUGCCUGUACCCUCCUCAUCAGAAUCCUUGCAGCAGCCAGUGAAGCAGCAGAAGAGCCUAUUGAUUUCCUGGCGAGCCGCAUUCGUUUUCCUCCUAAUCUCACGGUCAAUAAGUGCAGCGGUGAACAUCAUCCACGACUGCGACGAGACGUUCAACUACUGGGAGCCUCUGCACUACCUCCUGCACGAAUCCGGGUUCCAGACGUGGGAAUACAGCUCUGCCUUCGCCCUUCGCUCAUACCUCUACCUCUUCCUUCACGCCCUCGUUGCCCUGCCAGUCACUCUCUUUUUUGGCAACGGUUCGGGCUGGCCCCCUCAUCCCCGUUUUUUACCUUCCCCAUCAUCCCUAUCAUCUCGAUCUCUACCUUCCCCAUCUCAGGUUAACGUCUGCCUGGCCCUGCCUGUUCUCUCUGCCGCCUCAGAGGCAUCUCUGCUCGUGGCCAUUGCAACAGCCAUUCACAAGGCCACUCAGGCCCCUUCCCUACCCUCCCUCCUCCCCGUAACCUCCUUUCCUACCUUCCCCACCUCAUUUCACGCCUUCUAUGCUGUUCGCCUGGCCUUGGAAGUUCUCUCUGCUGCGUCGGAGGCAUCUCUGCCCGUGGCAGUUGCUGCUGCCCUUCACAAGACCACUCAGACUUCCCCUGCCCCCUUCCCGUCACUCCUUUGUACCCUUCCCCAUCGCAGGCUAACGCCUUCUACACUGUCCGCCUGGCCCUGGCUGUUCUCUCUGCUGCCUCAGAGGCAUCUCUACUCGUAG